CCCAGGAGCGCACUGUCUGCCCUGCACUGUGCAGUCUGGCCGCUAGGUGGCCUCUGUGAGACGCCCUGAUUACUUUUUUUGCAGCCAUCUUUCUCCUGCAGAGGAGAAGGAGCAGUGAGUGAGAGCAGGACACACAGAGCUUUCUGAAUGAGCUCUGCCCAGACACAGCCUGACUCUCCAGCCCUCACCCCACCAGCAGCAGCAGCCAGUGGCAGCCAUGGAGGAAGGGAUGCACAGCUUGCAGGAGAGGCAGUUACUGGAAGCCAGAGAUUUCCUGGGCAUGGAUUACCCGUCCUUGUAUCUGUGCAAACCCAAGAGAGGAAUCAAGAGAGAUGAGAGCAAGGAAACGUAUAAACUGCCUCACCGGCUCAUCGAGAAGAAGCGGAGGGACAGGAUCAAUGAAUGUAUCUCCCAGCUCAAGGAUCUCCUGCCCGAACAUCUCAAACUGACGACGCUCGGACACUUGGAGAAGGCUGUCGUGCUGGAGUUAACUUUGAAACACUUGAAAGGUUUAACAUCUCUGACAGAACAGCAACACCAGAAAAUUCUCUCCUUACAGAAUGGAGAACGCUCCAUGAAGUCACCAAUCCACUCAGAUUUGGAUGCGUUCCAUUCUGGAUUUCAGACGUGUGCCAAAGAAGUCUUGCAGUACCUGUCUCGGUUUGAGAGCUGGACUUCCAGGGACCAGAGAUGUACCCAGCUGUUAAACCAUCUGCACACCGUUUCCAGCCAAAUCCUCCCCAGUUCUCAGCUCCUUCUACAGCCUGGUAGCAAAACCUCCUCCAUGUCCCCAAACCGGGGACUCCAGAAGGUAGAGAAUCAGGCCAAUUGUGUUCCUGUCAUCCAGAGGACGCAGAACCUGGAGUUAAGUGAAAAUGACACAGAUACCGAUAGUGGUUAUGGGGGUGAGAGUGAAAAGAUGGAACCCAGAGCAGAAGGACAAGGUUUUGAUGGGGUGAAAGGUCAAAGGGGUAACAGCGUGACCGUCAAACAAGAGCCAAUGGAGGAACCGUCCCCCAAAAGGUUUAAACAGGACUGCUCUGGUGUAGGAGUGACAAUUACUGGGGCAGAACCAGUUGUAAGACCUGAUGCCAACCUGCUUAGUUCUUUAAUGGGAUUUGGAGGUGCCCCAUUUGGACAGCAGGCACCUUUCUGUUUGCCAUUUUACUUUAUUUCCCCAACUGCGGCGGCAGCAGCUUACAUGCCCUUCUUAGACAAGGGAGGUUUGGAAAAGUACCUGUACCCAGCGGCCGCAGCCACCCCCAUCCCUUUACUGUACCCAGGGAUCCCUGCUCAGGCAGCAGGCUCGUUCUCCUGCCUCUCCUCUGUCUUAUCCCCUGAGAAGCUGCCAGCGUGUUCCUCCGCCUUGCUCCCUGAACUCCCCACCUCCCCCUUCCAGCCUGGGCCCCCCUCACUGGUCACUGUGGACAGGAGCCCACCUGAGGACCUCCGUAAAGCCUCGCAAGACCUUUUACAGCCUCUGAAGGAAAACUGACCUUAAAGGACAGGAAAUAAUAUCCCAAACAUGGAAGCAAAAAAAAAACAAAACAAAAAAUAAUUAUGGAAGCCUCUUAUUUUGUAGCAAAGUAUGACAUGUAUUAUCGGAUCAACAUUAGGGCUGUAUAUUGAUGGUAUUUAAUAUCAAUGUUAUUGUAUGGCAUCAUUUUAUUUCAUAUUGACCUUACCUGAUGGAGUCUGGGGGUUUUGGGGUGGCACGUCACAAUGAUUGAGAGAUAAUAAUGUCAGACAAGGCCAGAAAUCUGAAAACUCCAGCAGUGUGGCUUAUGGUGUGUGUGUGUAUAUAAAUAUUUAGGAUUCACAAACCCGUCUGUCACUUGGUAAUCUGCAUCCAUUCAGCCCCUGCACUGAUAUUACUGGACUGCGACCCCGAUAACUGUCUGCAGGGUAAUGGCUGGCAGGGAUUUAUAGGAUUUGUAGUCCAAAAGCAGCUGGGAAGGAAGUCUGAUUCUCCUAGUUUAUUGAAUCGUUCUUUCUAGAGUUGUCAGACUCCCCCCAGCUAUUGUCUGGAUUUCAGCUUUUUGGAUCUGCGACAGACACUUUGAAUAAUCAAUAUAAAACAUCUAAAUUUAUUCAGUUUGAGUCAUAGUGAGAUUGUUGCCGCAAGCAGUGCCUUUACCAGACUCUCGUCAUGAAGGGGUUCAGACGCUCCGUCCUCCCAUUAUUGGGGUAAAGAAUAUAUGUUGUUAGAUCUUAGUCUGACCAAUUGGAGAAUGUUUCCUUUUUAAUAACCCGUUUAACGUAUCGCUGUACAAACAGUGAAAAUUCCCCCAGGUUUCCCCUCCGUGGCUGCAGGAUUGUCUCCUGAACCGUCAGCCUGUGUUUAUAGUCUGGGAAAUUCCUAUAAAUCAGGACGCCCAGAGCUGCUCAUUGACAUGUAAUUAGUUCAGAGAUACCGAGUGUGUUAUAUAACUAUUACCACCACGGCUGGGAGAACGCUGUGUCCUGACCCUCCCUUUCAUACAAAUUACAAUUGUCCAAAUUAUGCAAUCAGUUGAGCGUGAGAAUGAUCCACGUGCCUCACUGUGUGCCCACGCAUGCGUGCCACGCUGCUGCCCUAUAAGAGGGUGUAUUUGUGUGGUACGUUGCCAAGAUACUGCAAACCUAACGCUGAUCUUAUCCCGUACCAUCUCUAUUAGCACUAACGUUGGUUCUAUGUUAUUGGAGAUCCCUGGGGCUGACAUCGGCCCUCGCCACAGACUAUUUUUUUAUUUGAAUUUGCUGGAUAAAACAAAGGCUUAGAUUGUGUUUAUGGUCAGAAAAGACAGAGAUGCAAUUAUACUUUUUUUUUUUUUUUUUAAUUUUUGCUGGAUCUUGUUAAAAUCGAAAACAAAUAUAUAUAAUAUUUAUAUAUUUGUCUUUUUGGGGGGGUGUUUUUUUUGUUGUUGUUGCAUUCAGUAUUUUUUCUAUCUUGUGCUUUAUUGCUGAUGUAUGUAAAACAGGGAGCCCAGAUUCUCUCUCUCUCUUUUUUUUUUUGUUAAAUUCUAGCUGCACUUUAAAUUUAGCAGUUUCUAAUGUCUUUUUAGUCAAACUUUGUGAACUUGCACUUGAUGGAUUAACCCCUUUUCCAAUCCGGGGAACGGGCAUCCACUCAAACAAACAAAAAAAAUGAAUCUAUAUUAUCGUGUUUGUUUUUACAAUGGUAGCACUUUAUGGAUUGAUUGGCAAUGAGUGAGUUAAGGUACUGUGACUGUUUAAUUCAAUGUUAAAAACUAACUGGUAUGAAAAGUGCAUUUUAUCCCUGUUACUAAUAUAUUUUAUCAUUUUGUAUUUGCAAUGAGAGAACCCAAUAUGUGUGCGCACUGAACAUAAACCAACCAAACUAAUUAAUUUAUUUGUAGAUUUACAUUUUAUUGAGUUUAUAGACUGGAAUUUAAGGCAUAACGCUACCGAUAUCUGCUUAACUUACAAAAGAGACUGACGUUUCCCGGCGUGGAACAUGCGCAGUUUUACGGAGAGGGAUUAUUUAUUAAGUCAUGCCUUGAAGAAUACACUUUCAUAAAACCGCGAUUUGGUCUGCGCGGGUUAAACCCCUUAAAUAAAUUAAAAAAAAACAGAAA